CACAGUACGACUGCGUCGUUUGCUUUACCAAUAGGUAAGUCUGUAAGUUAUAUUUGUCUCGAUGUGGUUUGGGCGGAUACUUUCAGGUGGCUGGGAUAUGAACAGCAUCCGAGGCCCUGUAGGCGACUUAUUGCUGUCGGACGAGUUUAUAUAGCACACAUCUUGAUGAAAAUCUCACGUUUUCAGCCUACUUUCUACUUGAUGUCUCACGUAUCAAAAUGGAGAAAACAGACGUUAUCAUUGUAGGUGCUGGCCCGUCGGGCUUAGCAAUAGCACUCUCGUUGGCUCGGUUCAAAAUACAUUCCGUUAUACUGGAGAAGGACUUGGAGAUAACGAAGGACCCUAGAGGUGUGUAUCUUGCGCACGACGCUGUUCGCAUCUUGUGGAAUCUCGGUCUCGGCGACUCAAUGGCAGAUAUCGGCCAUGAGCCAUCUAAAAUUAACUUCCACAAAACUUCGUUUGUAAAUGAGCCCUUCCAUGUGGCGGAGUUCGUACACGAUGUAUUCUGGCAAACCGUCCCCAACGCCAUCCUUCAUAUUCAGCCAAGGUUGGAACAUGCCAUGCGCCAGAAAAUACUCGAAUCGCCCUUUUGCGAAUUGCGAUGCGGAUGUACUGUUGUGGGGAAACAGCAGGAUGGCGAGGACCCAAUUAUCAAUUAUACGGACGAGAACGGAAUUUCCCAGGUCCUUGUGGGCUCGUUCGUUGUCGGUGCCGAUGGAAAGAGAGGCGUAGUACGAAAAGAAUUUCUGGAGCAAUCAGCCGGAAUCAGGCAAGUCGACGACUCAUACAAGUAUGAUGGAACAUGGGUUGCCGCCAACCUUAGGAUCAGACUUCCAACACCGGAGACUCACCCUGAUUUCCCUCUUUGGGAACUCGGGCUCAGUCCCGAAGCUGUUUACGACCUCUUCUGGCCCAAAGGCUGGCAUUUUUGUACACCACCAGGAAAGCCCACAGCAGCGGGAAGAUUUGGCCCUCACCAAGAACGCAUGUGGCGCCACGAGUUUGCACAGGAGGAUUGGGAUGAUUCCAUGGAUUCUGAGAAGCUUCUGUGGGAGCACAUCACGCCGCAAGUCACACGUAAAGGAGAGAGCCCUGACAAGAUGUUUCCACACGGCAAAGUGACCUAUCCACGCGACUGUAUCGAAAUCCUUCGAUGCUGUCCGUACCGAUUUACACAUAAAGUCGUCAAUAAGUGGUUUGAUGACCGCAUCGUCUUGAUCGGCGACGCGGCUCAUGUAUUCCCACCAUUUGGAGGCCAAGGUAUUGCGUGUGGUCUUCGUGAUGCACAUCAGUUGGCAUGGCGAAUCUCUUUAGCAUGCCGCCUACCUGAAUGUGGUACAUCUCGCCGUGAGGUACUUCUUGAAUCUUGGGCUUCUGAGCGCUACCAGGGUGUCAAAGAUGCUGCGGCGCUUACGAGUUUGCAUGGCGAACUAUGUAACCAAGGGGAUAGUAUCUUCUUCUGGCUGUUACGCAAGCUGUCAGGGUUUCUCAAGUACAUUCCCUUCAUUCCGAGCUCUGAGAACCCGAUGAUCACUUCUGAAGCAAGAGGUCAUAAGUCUGUCAAAGGAGGUUUCUUUCUCGCAGAGCAUGGUGGCGGGGGACGUUUGGCGCAGAUUUAUGUCAAGUCGAAGAGCCAGCCUCCCAUGCUGUCAGAUGAGUUGAUCCGACGGACGGAGACUAUUUUGACAUUAAUUGUCUUAGUCAGGGGGGAGUACAAAGAGAAACUAGCAGAAGCACAAGCAGCAAUCCGAGAAGCUAAGCUAGACACGUCGAUUAUAUCCGAACAUUCGAUCCAACUCGUCUUACUUGACGAAGUAUCCUCAGAUGGCAAUGAUGAAGUUGAGGCAUAUUACCCCAUGUCAACCAAUCGCCUCGCUGAAUUGGGGAUCUCUGCGAAGCCAGGCUACUCGAUAUCCAACUAUAUAGAUCGUCUUGGGGUGUCUACGACAUUUGCCAUUGCCCGGCCUGACUUUUACAUUUUUUCUUCAUCUCGAAAUAGGACGGAACUAGCUGAAUGCCUAAGUCAACUUCAGCGUCAACUCGAAUGAAAGUUCGGGAGUAGAAAUGGAUAAUCCAUCGCAUAUAUUGGAGUGAAGUGCGACAAGGAUCUGCUGUAUUUCUCUUGCUGGUGCAGUUAGGUUGGUGUAGUAGUGUGGAUUGGUAGGUACCUACCUAUAGUAGUACCCAGUAGUCAUGAUAUACCUAGGUAUAGCUAGAAGUUGGUGAUAUAAAUAUAAUAGACCACUCCUUCCAGAUGAUUUUUCUUAUUCAAC